AUGCAGCGGGAGCAAGAGAGGAAGGUCUGGGUGUCCCAGAGAUCAGAGGGAACUGCUGCUCAGGACUGGAACCUGCUGCGCAGGGUUCUGGAGGAGGUCCGCAUUCACUCCACAAUCCUCUUCAUCUUCUGCAAGCUCAUUCUGGGCAUGCCAGACAAGGACGUGUGGGUGGACCAACAGAGUCGGUUUGUCUGCAACAUGGACCAGCUGGGAUGCAGGAGUGUCUGCUAUGUUCCGGUGUUCCCUGUGUGCCUUAUCCACUUGCGGAUUGUCUUUGUGUCCACUCUGUUUCCGGUCUAUGGGGGACAUGCACUGUACCAAUUGAGGGCGUUGGAGAGAGAGAGGCACAGGCGGAAAGCCCAGUUUUGGCUGGACCUGGGGAAGGCAGAGCCCUUGUUGGACCAAGCACAAGCUGUUAGAGAGCUGCAGAAGCUGGAGAAGCAAAAACAGAUAAAGAUGAAGAUUAGACUCCUCCAGAGGGCUCCUCUGCAAAGCUCCUUACUACUCAUACUGUGACAUAUGGGCUUCAUAGUAGUACACUGCCAGGCCAAAAAAAAAGGUCACACUAAUUUCGUUGGACCAC